UUUACUAGGUGGCAGCUUAUGAUUUUUUCUCUAAAAAGUUGGCAACACUGCAACUCUAACUAAUACAAAUGUGCUGUGCGCUUCAUUUCAACAAAAUUUGGACGUAUUUACAUUGAAUAUCUAAAAAUUGCAGACGUAUUUGAGACUAUUAAGGAACAGAAUCAUAUUUUGGCUGCAUUACCGGAGCGAUAAAGCGUCAAGAUAUACGGAUACGCACACUUAAAACGCAACGCUAUAUAUAUAUACAAAGACGCACACACACACUAAGCGUACGUGUGAGUGAGUGAGUGUGUGUGUGUGUGCGUGUGUGUCUGUGUCAGUGCGUGCUGCUGUCGUCGUUGCAAAGAGGAAGCACAGGCAAAGGCGAACACGAAAAAGGAGCAAGAGAGCCCAAGAAGCUGUAGGGAACAGCAGUUGCCGGAACGACGUAGUGGUGUGUAGCAACCAGCAACAGCAAAAGAAACAGGAACAACAACAACAUCAGCAGCAGCCGCAGCAGCGCCCUCUACAAUCAAAAGUACAUACAAUAACACAACAAGAACAAGAACAAUAGCAAAGUGCUAGCACCACAAAAACAAAGGUGUUGCCCCAACAAAAGAUGCAACAACAACAAGAAUCUUCUGGUGGCGAGGAGAGCUGGCUAGAGGAGCAGUGCCAUCGUGAAAUCAACGGCCAGAACGAUGAGUAUGAGCGUGAGUUUGUGCGUGAGCGCGACAACAAUUUAAGCACCGUCUGGGGAGCAUUCCAGGAUUCGGCAACAGCCGUCGCACAGCUCUAUCGUGAGCGGUCAUCAAACACAUUCGCUUCUGAGACUGGAGCACUGUGGUUGCCCUUUCAGACAGCAGCCGGUACAGUGACAACACUCUACAAAGAAUCAUGUGAUGGUCUCAAACGCACCAGCGACGCUGCCAUACAAUGCGGCUACCAAAGACGCACACGCGAAUUGGCCGAUUGGGCGCGCAGCAAAAAACGCCGCAUGAUUCGGCGAGAGGAUUUGCUGGCCUAUUUAGCUGGAAAAGCGCUGCCAACGCAAUCAACAAAUCCACAUGCCAAUCGUCGGUCACCGAAGCCGGAACAUAAUCACAGCGGUGUCCAUCAUCAUCAUCAUCAAGUGAGUGGAGGCGCCAAUGGUGUCACUGGCUUUGCCAGCAACGGACUGAGCAUGAUGCCACCUACAAGCGCCGGGGGACAGUCAACGCAUUUGAUAAAUGGCGCCAGUGGCCAGGCGGCGACAGUAGGCGCCACAGGAGGUGGCAUUGGCGCUGGCGGCAUCACUGGCGACGAUUUGCACACUUUCAAGGAGGCCUUAGUUUUGCGUCCACGGGGACCGGAACUAUUUGCAUUUGUUGCCAACGAAAUAGCACGUCAUUGCAAGCGGCCUGGGAGUCCCAUCGAUGAUAAAAUGGACAUUUGUCAUUACAGCAGUAAACGUCAGCGAUUUAUGUAAUCCUCGCAUGGAUUCAGCGGCAGCCAACGGGAUGUACACUCACACACACACACACACAUAUACACAAGCAUUCACAUAGACACACACGCACACACAACACAUACAUUGAUAAAUAUGUAUGCGGCAAAAGCAGAAGCAACAAAUUUAAUUGCUCGAUGUAGAAAAUGAAAAUGUUUAGUAAUUUCCCCACUCACUUCUCCACUCAAUGCUCUGACCAGAGAGACAGAGAGAAUGCAAUUAUGAAAGAGAGAAGGAGAGAGAGAAAGAGCGAGAGAUACAGAGUGAAUCAUAGUGAAUGUCUUCGUCAUGUUAAACUGUUAAAUGUGUUUAUACUUAAGUAUUUGGUCAAUGCAACAUAUGUUUGUUUCUUGUCAUUGCGCGCUUAGCCGGCUCACACACACACACACACAAACACACACUCACUCACUCACUCACAGAUACAGCCUGUUGUACGAAAAUACACAAAUACACACACCGAACAGCAUAAGUUAAUUUUAGUUAGUAAUUAAGCGUAAAAACUUUUGUUGUAAGUCUUCAAGUCAAGAAGUGAUCGAAACCGUUGCAAAAAGAAUGAAACAAAACAAAAAUGAAAAGAAAUGAAAGGAAAGAAAAGGAAUGGAUGAUCACACAAGUUAUACGUUUAAUUGUAUGUAUAACACAAUCUUGCAUUAACUGUUAUACAACGUCGUAGCCUUUAAUGAACCAAAACCAAUUGGCAGCAGCACGUAUUAAACGGUUUAAAUGUAGCGAAUAUUGUAAUAUAUAUUUAACAAAAUCUACAGAUACUGUUAUAAGCCAAAAGAUGUAAUGUACAUAAGAAAAAAGUUAAGAAAAUUAAUGAGAUAAUUGAGCACAGGCAAAAAUGAUUCAAUGUUGCAUAUGCCACGUACGAAACUAAUACAAACUAAAACCUUA